GGUGGUGUCUUCCUGACUGACACUGGACGGGGAGUCGCGAGGACCCGCUGACUUCUGUCCACCUGGGUCCUCAGGAAAAGACUGCAAUGUCCCAGACAAGGGAUUAUGAAUGUGAGAGCCAUGACGCUGGUGUGCAAGAGCCCCGGAUUCCAGGAUCAAGCACGAGGCUGGAGUGGGUGGAGAUCAUCGAGCCGCGCACCCGAGAGCGCAUGUAUGCCAACCUGGUCACGGGCGAGUGUGUGUGGGACCCUCCUGCCGGCGUCCGCAUCAAGCGCACCAGCGAGAACCAGUGGUGGGAGCUGUUUGACCCCAACACGUCCCGCUUCUAUUACUACAACGCCAGCACCCAGCGCACCGUGUGGCACCGGCCACAGGACUGCGACAUCAUCCCCCUGGCCAAGCUGCAGACCCUAAAGCAGAACACUGAGUCACCCCGCGCCUCGGCGGAGAACAGCCCUGGGAGGGGCAGCAGCGUCAGCCGUGAGGGUAGCACCAGCUCCUCCCUGGAGCCCGAGCUGGAUGCUGGCGAGAAGGCGCAGGAGCCUUCAGGGAGGGCUAGCCGGCAGGCCACUUUUGGGGCUCUGAAGGAAGAGAGCGGCAGUUCUUCACCACCAGGAGUGUUCCUUGAGAAGGACUGUGAGAUUUACCGGGAUUAUAAUGUGGAUGGCCGGCUUCUGCACUACAGGACCUCGUCGCUUCGGUGGAAUUCGGGCACCAAGGAACGCAUGCUCAUCAAAGUUGCAGACCGGGAGCCCAGCUUCCUCUCCUCCCAGGGCAAUGGCUAUGCCCUCGAUAGCCAGCCUGGCAGCCGCUCCCGCAGACCCUCGGGUGGGCAGCACUCGCCCAGCCUACAGACAUUUGCCCCGGACUCUGAUGGCCCUGUCUUCUUCCCUGAGCGGCGGCCUUCGCCUUUCCUGAAGAGGGCUGAGCUAGGGAGCUGCUCCCCACUGCUGGCCCAGCCACGCAAGCCCACCAGCGACUCACAGCCCUCCUCCCCACGCUACGCCUAUGAGCCCCCCCUCUACGAGGAGCCCCCUGUGGAGUAUCAGGCCCCCAUAUAUGACGAACCCCCCAUGGACGUCCAGUACGAGGCUGGCGGGGGCUACCAGGCUGGCUCACCCCAGCGGUCUCCAGGCCGCAAGCCACCACCCUUCCCACAGUCUCCCAAGCAGGGCUCUGCCUCGCCCUACCAGCAGCUGGUGCUGACCAGGCAGAAGUGCCCCGAGCGCUUCCUGAGCCUGGAGUACAGCCCUGCAGGCAAGGAGUACGUGCGGCAGCUGGUGUACGUGGAGCAGGCCGGCUCCAGUCCCAAGCUGCGUGCGGGCCCGAGGCACAAGUAUGCACCCAAUCCUGGAGGUGGCUCACUCCCCCUGCAGCCCAGCCCCUGCCUGCUGCGGGAUCAGCGCCUGGGGGUCUCCUCCGGGGACUACAGCAGCAUGGAGGGGCCAGAGUUACGGCAUACCCAGCCACCCGUGCAGCUGCCCCAGGCCCAAGAUGACACCAUGUCCUGGUCCAGCCAACAGGACACCAUGUCCUCAACGGGCUACUCCCCCGGCACACGCAAGAGGAAGAGCAGGAACCCUUCCCUGUGCCAUGCCCCCAGUACCUCGUCCACUGAAGGCCCCGGGGACCGUGACCUCCUCGGUGAGCAGCCCCUGGCCGAGGAGCGGCCUCCGUGUGGGCCCAGCCUGGCCCCGGUGAAGCGUGCAGAGGGCAAGACGGGCGAGGCCGAGCCUUUCCUGGCGCAGGCACGGCUGGCCUGGGAGGCGCAGCAGGCCCACUUUCACAUGAAGCAGAGAGGCAGCUGGGACUCGCAGCAGGACGGCUCGGGCUACGAGAGCGAUGGGGCUGUGCCGCUGCCCAUGCCUGGGCCGGUGGUACGGGCCUUCAGUGAAGACGAGGCGCUGGCCCAGCAGGAGAGCAAGCAUUGGCAGAGGGGCGCCUUGGAGAGGCUUGCUUUCCCCCAAAUCCUGCUCGAGAAAAGCGUCUCCGUGCAGACCAACCUGGCCUCGCCAGAGCCCUACCUUCACCCCUCACAGUCUGAGGACCUCGGCUCCUGUGCCCAGUUUGAGAGUAGCCGGCAGGCCCGCAGCGUCAUGCCCAGCGCUAGCUGUGUGUUUCCCACCUUCACCCUGCGCAAGCCGUCCUCAGAGACCGACAUCGAGAACUGGGCCUCCAAGCACUUCAACACGCACACACAGGGGCUCUUCCGGCGGAAGGUGUCCAUCGCCAACAUGCUGGCCUGGAGCAGUGAGUCCAUCAAGAAGCCCAUGAUUGUGACCAGUGACCGCCAUGUGAAGAAGGAGGCUUGUGAGAUCUUCAAACUGAUCCAGAUGUACAUGGGUGACCGGCGUGCCAAGGCUGACCCACUACAUGUGGCCCUGGAGAUAGCCACCAAGGGCUGGAGCGUGCAGGGCCUGCGGGACGAGCUCUAUAUCCAGCUGUGCCGGCAGACCACUGAGAACUUCCGCCUCGAGAGCCUGGCCCGCGGCUGGGAGCUCAUGGCCAUCUGCUUGGCCUUCUUCCCACCCACACCCAAGUUCCACUCCUACCUGGAGGGUUACAUCUACCGGCACAUGGACCCCGUCAACGACACCAAAGUGACGCAGCAUAUGAAAGCGCUCCUGGAAAGGAACACUAAGAAGAAGUCCAAGUUGAGAAAGAAACCCAAGCCUUAUGUUGAGGAACCGGAUGGGGUGGCGAUAAGCACAUACGCCAAGUACUGUUACCACAAGCUGCAGAAGGCGGCCCUGACUGGGGCCAAGAAGCCCACUUCGCUGCUGAAGCUGUGGUACCGCGAGCUGGAGGAGCCGCUGAUCCCGCACGAGUUCUACGAGCGGUGCAUCGCGCACUACGAGAACCCCGAGGCCGCCGUGGCUGUGGUGCACGCACUGCCCCGCCUCAACCGCCUGGUGCUGUGCUACCUCAUCCGCUUCCUUCAGGUGUUCGUGCAGCCUGCCAACGUGGCCAUCACCAAGAUGGACGUCAGCAACCUGGCCAUGGUGAUGGCGCCCAACUGCCUGCGCUGCCGAUCGGACGACCCGCGCGUCAUCUUCGAGAACACUCGCAAGGAGAUGUCGUUCCUGCGCGUGCUCAUCCAGCACCUGGACACCAGCUUCAUGGAGGGCGUGCUAUAGCACGUGCGCCCCGAGGACCGAGGGUGGGGACGGAGCCAACGCUCGGGUGCGCCCGGGCAGGGGAGCACGUGGGGAGGGGGGAGGGAACGCCCCAGCCGCGGAGGCAGCAUGCCAGGCCCCGCCCAUGCCCGCCCCAGCCCCGGAAGCCCGCAACUCUCCCACCCAGGCCCUCGGCCUGAGGACGCAGCCGGGGCAGAGGGCCCGUGGGAAGGGCGUCCCUGGGCCGCCGCCCACCGCCGCGGCCUAGUGGCCAGUUCCUUGGGCACCGCCCCGCCCACUGCCGGCCGGUCAGCCCCGAGAAAGUGCCUUCUGUUUCCUGGAGCCAAGUGACACUGCCCCUCCCGGCCGGCCUGAGAGCACACGCCGCCCUCCCCUGGGGCGAGCUGCCUCGCUGGGGCGCCUUUGCUCAGCCUGGCCCUGCCCUAGCCCCUGCCCGGCUGCCCCUCUUUCCUCUGCCCCGCACUUCUCCUCAGUCCCCUUCCUGGCCUGUGGCCGCCUCAGCCCCACCACUCCCACCCCGCCACCUGCGGCCUCCAUCUUCGAGACUGCACAGGAAUUGGGGGCCCCAGGGCACUUGGCUGUCCAUCGCCAGAGCAGGGCCCGGCAGGCUCGCUCUGGGUGGGGAGGGGCCCCCAAACCAAAGUCCUCUGGGUGGGGGGCAGGGUUGGGUAGGCAUUCUUGGGGCAGGGUGGGGGAGGGGCAAGAGUAUUUUUUCUUCGUGUAACUAUAAAUUCAGAUUCUAUCCAGCACACCAACCCGCCUGUGUAUAAAGAUAUAGAGGGAAAGAUAUAAAAACUAAAUUUGCUAAUGACAUAGUUUUAAUCCAAAUGCUAUUUAUCUCUGAGCCGUCCUAGCCUGUCCUCUGUGCAGAGCAAGUUGAUAUCACCCCUUCAUUUCUUCGCCACUUUCUUGGCUUCUGACCAAAAACCAAACCCUGCCCCAUCCCCAUCUGGGACCUGCAGUGGAAGAGAGGGAAGGAAGCCCGAGCUGGGGAACCAGGGAGCACGCCCAGGAUUGCCCUUCCUGAAGGCGAGAGCUGGGGGCAGGAGGUACCUAGACUCUCAGUUUGUACAUUUUCCAUUUUGGAAUUUUGAGUUCCAGUUGUAAAACUUAAUUUCUCCCCGGUUUAUAUAUAUAUAUAUAUAUAUAUUUUUUAGAGUUGAGUUUUUAUUUAUUAUUAAAAAAAA